AUGAGGGGGUGGCUGCUGGCAUGGGCCGCCCUCCAUCUUCCGGCGUCCGCGCUGGCGGCGGCAGUCGCGAGCAGUGAAUACAACGCGGCUGUGGCUGACGUUGUUGGAAAAGUCAACCUUGUGCUCCUGAGUGACCGGAUGGAGGCGAUAGAGGCAACUGUGCGCUCGGCAUACGCGAGCAAACGGUAUUCAAGCUCGCUCAUGUGGCACAUCUUCACCUCCCUCCCCGCGCACGCUGUGAAAGAGACGCUUGUUGAGGCGGGUGUGCCGGCGGCGGAUCUGCACCUCAUCGACAUGGAGGGCGCAGUCAAAAGCCUCAUUCGGCGCGGCGUCGUGCCAGUCUGGAGGCACGCGCACCCGCUAAACCUGAUGCGGCUCUAUCUGGCCGAGCUGCCAGUGCUGCAGCAGCUCCACCGCGUGCUGCUCGUCGACGACGACGUCAUCUUCCAGCGCGAUCUCGAGGCGCUCUACUACGAGACUGUCGACCGUGGCAAAUUGCUUCGCGCGUCAUGCGAGAUGUACAGCUUCGCAAGCAAGGCAGGCGUCACUUGGUUGAACCUUUCCUACGCAACGAAAAGCUACGGCGACACGCACUUCAUCGGCUCGAUUGGGCCGACCGCGUAUCCGGUUUGCGAGACUGGAUCGGAUGAUCCGUGCGCCCCAAAGGCGCUCGAGCCGCUGCUAACGUCCCUUCAGGCGAGCAUAAAUGGGAACACACCACGCACACUGCGGGACGAGGUUGCUUGGAACUUUGGGGUCGCACUAUUGCCGCUCGACCGUUGGCGCGAGCAGCGGGUUGCACUACGAGCGACGCGCUGGUUCGAAGCCAACUCGCGCCACCGCCUCUUCGCACCUGACUCGGUGGCGAGUGGUCUGGGCAUACCAUACCUGCUGUUUGCGGGCGCGGUCGAGUGCUGGCCUGAAGAGGCACUCCUCGACGGACUGGGCUACGUGAGCCGGGAGGACCUCCUGCUUAGCGGCGUGCAGGACCUCAAGCAGUACACCGCGUUGCACUUCGCCGGUCCCGCUAAGUUGGGGACGCAGGGCCUGACCGACUACAGCCCAGCGGCCAUGGAGCCGCUCAUCCUGCAGCACCUUUCCCUAGCGGUGGCGCGGCGUCAGCUCGAUGUGGAUGCCUAUGGCGGCUAUGGCGGCAUCUACUACUACCUCCCACCGCCAACGCCGCCCCCGCUGACGCCGCCCCCGCCGCCCCCGCCGCCCCCGCCGUCGCCGAUAAUCCUAAAUCCAGAUCCAGAUCUAUCAGAUCUCACCCUCGCGUCACCCCCGCCUGCCAGUCCUCCCCCUCCCACCCCCUUGGACUACCCGGAGCUGUGCGAGCCCGGGAGUUGCACGGGCAACCCCUUCGAGACCUGCUUCUACGACCCCAACUGCGCCACGGGAGGGCUCGGCUGCGCAGCGGGCGGCAAGCCGCUCUGCCGUUUCUGUGGAUUCGGGGGCUACAUAGACGUUCAGUGUCCUGGCUAG